UGAAAGGAAGAAGACGAUUCCAUGGCUAUGGAGAUUGCUCAACUUUUCGUCGGGUCAUCCAUGAAAUUAAGCAGCGUGGGAAACUCUAGGAACUGCGUUACACGUGGUAGAUCAUUUUCUAUUUCUGCCGUACAUCAUCAUCCCAGAAGGAUGUUUAUGCAGCUCGCUGGAUUAGGUUCGGUCUUGACUCUAGUGAAUCUUCCUGGUUUAGCUGCGCCAGUUCCUGAGAUGAAGGAACCUGAAGUUGUCAGGACGUUGAAGCUCCCAAGUGGCGUCAGGAUUCAAGAGAUUGUUGAAGGGGAAGGACGAGAAGCUCAUGAAGGAGACCUGGUUGAACUAAACUAUGUAUGUCGACGUGCUAAUGGAUAUUUCGUUCAUAGUACGGUGGACCAAUUCAGUGGCGAAAGCGCUCCUGUCAAACUUCUCCUUGACGGCAAUGACGUUAUCGAGGGCUUGAAGGAGGUAUUGGUGGGCAUGAAAGCUGGAGGGAAGCGUAGAGCACUGAUACCUCCAUCAGUAGGGUACAUAAACGAGACACUGAAGCCAAUCCCUGAGGAGUUUGGACCACGACGCAGCCUUUUGUCCCACGCGAAUGAGCCUCUGGUCUUUGAAGUUCAGCUCUUGAAAAUAUUAUGAUCUUCAGACAAAGUUAUUGAAGUAUUUGUGUUAUCUUCUAUUGUAAAUCUGUAACACAAAUUACACUAAACUAAACUAUUAAGUUGUCUUUUUUCUACUAAACUUUACUUAGUCGGGUGAAUUAAGGAAGUGUAUUCAACUAAAAUCUAAGUUGAUUUGUAUUAAAAUAACACUAGAUUUUGAUCCGCA